CACACCUCUCUUCACAGCAUAGCACUGGUAUUGUACGAUCAAGUUAUUCUACUUACGGACUGCAGAAAUCUCGUAUAUGCAUCCACCCUCAAGCCCUCGCGUUGACCCAGAACUGCUUGACAGUGCCUUCAAUCUCCUCACUGCUUGCCUGCGACUCGCUAGACUGCGUUCGGAAGAGCCGGAUUGCACGGACAUCAUUCAGUGAUGCUUUCUCCAGCGAGUAAUCUGGCCCAAGAUGAUGAUAUUUCUCCGGACCGGCAUCUCCAUACAGUUGCUUCAGUCUUGCUUUGACGUCCACACGCGUCUGACGGUCAAGCCUCAAGGCGCGUUCACUCGAGCUUGAAAGCGACGAGGUCGACUCCUCUAGCUCUUCCCGACUCACAUCCUCGCCCUCUUGCUCUGACAGAGAGUUUUGCUUGCGUUUGGGCCAAGAGAACUUCCUCGUCAAUCGCUCCACUGGGCCCGUCGACAUCUCAUCGAGUUCCCUGCAGUCUUCCUCUGAAGGUAUUCCGGGGCCAAUGUUUAGCAGAACCGAUAUCUCAGAGUCGGAUCCAUAGAGACCAAAAAUUUCAUCAAGGGCGAUUGCGGUAAUCGGAUGUGAUUGAGGAAAGGUCUCAUCGAAGAAAGAGGUAUGUUCAACCUUGUAGGGCUUGAGAAAAAAUUUGGCAGCUCCAGUUGCCGCAAAUGCUUGGGAUAUGCGACAUUUGUCUGGCCGAGGCCCUGGCAGUGUGGUCUUUGUGUUUGCAGGUAAUAGGUAUGACCUGAAUAGCUCGUACUUCGACUCCUGUGGCUUGGACUGCUGUACCACACCCACCGCAAAUCUGUGAUUGUCAGUCAAGGUGGCAUGAGGGUUGAUUGAGGGUCAAGCUCGGACUCACGCAUAUCUGCAUCUACUCCGACCAUCAUUCAAGGUAGGAUUGAUUGAAGUUGCAGAGAGUAAUGUCGCAUCCAGAUCAUACCGUUGCAAUGUCUCCUCGAUAACCUUGACCAAUCGAUCUUGAUCGAGUUUGAAGCAACGAUUGCGUCUGUGCCAUCGACUCGUUCGCUCUGCGCAGUCAACCUUCCGUGCGAUUUCCAUGUAUACGGCCAUACAAGUCGCAAUAUCGAGACGAUACCGCCCCAACAACAAAGCAAUCCAUCUGUAUUCCUUUGGUCAGUAUCAAGCAAUGUUUAGUUUGAGAGGAACCUACCCUCCUGUACCAACGCCACAGAUCACGUCAAACAAUUCGUGAGGAGCUGGAGUUCUAGUGGCCUCGUUCUGUCUGGCAAUCUCUUUACAUACAGUGUUGAGACUGCUCAGUGUUGCCAAAGCUUGCAGACCGCCACCAUCUACAGUCAUUAGUACUGAGAACAAUCGACAUUGGGGCCUAGAAUGCAACCUACCUAAGGUGAGAACUUUGAGAGGGCGUUGUUCGCUCAUUCCGUGUGUCUCGAUGCCUUCAACUGACAACUCCACUGACUGUGAUUUUAUUCGAACCGAAUCUGAUGAACUCAUGACUUGCGAUUCUCCAAACAAUGUCGACCUGGGGACUUAUGACCAGCUGGUGGGCAGUGGGCAAAGAGGCGUGAUGCGCCGAGCCUUGUCACGUGUGGCCCAAUUCACCCCAUGACCGUUGAAGACGGAGUACGAGCAAGUUGAUGAUGUGUGACGACACCAUCACUGCCUCUGAAAUCUGACGAGUACCAUCAUGGGUUGCGCGGUUUUUGUCGUGUGCACAGCCUGGCACUUUUGGCAAGGCAAUGGACGCCCUCAUCCGAUCGGGGUUUCAAGGGGCCACCUGAGCAUCGCCUCUUUUGGUCGUUUCAGCCCCAUGGCUGCAGCCUAAUCACACCCCCCUGUACAAACCAUCGCCUCGAACCAAUCAAUCUCUUAGCUAUCCAAGAGAUUGAAAUCACCUGCGGAUGUGAUGGGACUCUAUGACUGCGCCUGAUCAUCUGGCGCCGGCUUAAGGCUGAUCCCGCUUUGAGUCAAGCAUUUUUCUGGGACCUUUGCACCCCAGACCUAGGGGCCACAGGCACUGAGUCCAAUGCACCCUUCGAGUUCCUGUUAUGUUAAGAAUUGAUCAAGGUGUCUUCGUCGUGUUCAAGGGAAUUUGUCGUCACGAGCACAUGCUUUUAUAUCAACGAUUUGCUCCAUCUUGCGGUCAGCGAGUCCCUGGUUCUGUCAACUCAUUGUAAUACGACACAGCAGCAAACAAGUAGGAAUAGGAUUGGUCUUCAACUUCGUGGAACAAAGCUUUGGAAUAAGCUCCCGGACACCGCCUAUCGUCAGGCUACAAACACAUAUCCAAUACGGUGUACAAUCAGUGUCCUCUCCAUCGCCAUGAGCCCUAAGGCAGCAGUCGCCGACACGGUGCCCUCUCGCCCAAUUGCCAUGGUAUCGCUAGAUGGAGGGGGCGUUCGUGGACUGUCAUCAUUGCUCAUUUUACGCUUGUUACUCAUCCUUGUCACCGAAGAGCUGGCCAAACGCAACACAAUUCCCAAAGAUCGGACCAUCCUCAACCCCCAAGAUGUUUUUGACAUCGCCGUCGGUACUAGCACUGGUGGUCUGAUUGUCCUCAUGCUCGUCAAACUCAACAUGUCCAUCGACGAGUGCAUCGAACAAUAUAAGAUUCUCUCUGGACGGAUCUUUGCCAAGGAACGGCCAACCAUUAAGAGAGUGUUUGGCGACUGGUCAAAGUUCUCCGGCAGAGAACUGCAAAAGUCGAUUGAAAGUCUGCUGGCUUCGCGAGGGCACCCCCCUGACCUGAAAAUGCGCAGUCCGCAUCCAAACAGCAUGCAAGGAACUGUUCUUUGCCAUGAAAGACCCAAUCCACAUCCCAUCUUCUUCUGCACCCACGAGUGCCAAGGGCCGUACCGACAGCAGAUCCUUGACUGCGACCUGGAACUACGGCAGGCAGCUCGAGCAACUUCGGCAGCUCCGUCGUACUUUGAACCGAUGAUCAUAAGAGGGCGCUCGUUCACUGACGGCGGUCUGGGCGAGACCAACAAUCCUUCUUGGGAAGGCAAACUUCACUACCACAAGAACCACGGGCUUAACGAGGACGAACAGCUGGUUAUGAUCAAUAUCGGGACAGGGACCCUACCACAAGAAUUCUUCGCGCAGCCAUUACCGACACGACCAUGGUGGGCUAAGAUGGUCCCCAACGGGGUGGUCAAUGCACUUGGUCUUGUCUCAGAUCUGGUCAAGAUUGCGACGGAAUCCGAACAGCGGGCGAUUGACUUGUCGUACAUUUCCAGCAUCAUUCCGGAUCAGUUCUUCUUUGAUAGGUUCAGUGCCGACACCGGACUCCAUCACAUCAAGCUUGACAACUGGAGGGCCGUCAAGGACACCGACGGUCCCAGCGAGAUCGAAAGCAAGACCAACGCGUACCUCAAGAAGCCAGAAGUUCGAGAGCGCCUCGUGGUUGCCGCGAGGAGACUGGCGGAUGUCUAUGUCAGUCGUAACAACAAGCCCGUUUCUCCGUCGAGCACUCUGUCCGAAGAGAUCGCGUCCAUCCUGCCUCAAGGGUCGUCCCUGGAAGACGUCGCUAGAGUCGACCUCACCAUCCAAUUGGGUUACGACACCCCUUCGGGUCCGCAUCAAUCGACCUUGAGACGCCACAGCAUCAUGCUCAAUCAUGCGACGAGUCACGGUGGUGAUAAAGCCCCCAGCCUGAUCACGGGUUCCGACCCAACUCGAUCGGCAGAAACCUCUCAACCGCCUACUCCCAAUCCCGCACGCAAAUCCUCACUCACCAAUCAUGAUGAGAUCACCGUCGAACCUGAAGAGUCGGACUUGCAGGGUGAAGGAGAUCAAUUCGACGAGUCCAAGGAAAUUCCAAUCACACCAUUAUACCAUCCCCCAUCGACAGGCCGGUCACCAACCAGGAAACCGAGACGAGCAUUGACAUAUCCUCCUCGCUCUAGCCGAGUCGAAGAUGAGUGAAUGGGACAUGAUAUCGUCAGCAUCAACGGCCGCAACGGCAGCGGCACCAUUACCAGCAGUGUUGUGUCGGAGAUGCAUGUUGUAGCGUUCAGCGUGGGGGUACAGCUGUACAGUAUCUUUGCAGUCAUCGGAGCGAGCAUAGAUUGAUGAUGUUGUUUCGUGCUAGCGCUACUUUGGAAUAGAAAAAACAGACAACUGUCAUGUGACUUUGAAAGGUGUCGACGACAAGGGAAUAAGUUAUUGACAUGAUGCUCUGAAUCUUCAGGGCUGUUUUGGUGAUUUUCCGUGCGCUGUUGAAACAUCAAUCGAGUCACUCCUCAGUCACUACCCAUGAACGAACUGAAAUGUGGACAUGUGAAUAGUUCUGUAUCUGGGGAGAAAGUGUACAAUUGAAAAAGUACCGUGGCAGAUUGUUUCUUACUCUACUUUGUAGGUAGACAUGGAUAAAAAGUCGUUGAAGAUGUGACAUGACUUUCCAUUUUGGUCAGAACCACCUGCCACAUAUAUAGACAUAUACAUAUAUGCACACCCAAGCAUUAGACA